CCCUGUGUGCCGACAGCAAGCAGCAGGGUCUGGGCUUUCAUGGCUUCAUGGCUUCUCUGACACUUUCUUAUUUUAGCACCGGUUAACGUUCUGUAGACUUGUGGAUUCCUGGAUCUGUCCAACAAACCAGGCAUGGGACAAAACAAAACCGAGCCCCCCGUGCCAAGUGCAUUCGUCUAGUGAACAUCUAGAAGGCAACAUCUGGAACAGGGAUGAACCUGUCCCUCUCUUCUGGUUGCCCAGCUUCUCAUUAAUCCAACUGGAGAUCACUUCAAAUAAGAGUGGACCAUACCAACUACGGAAUCUAACGUGACCGCAUGACUUUGUUUCCCAUGACACAAUAUUCGAAAGAACUGAUUUAAGCAACAGUGUGUUGUUCAACAUGGCAGAAAAGGUUGCACCUGGGCUCAACAGGAAGGCUUCCAGGUCUACACUCUCCCUUCCACCAGAGCCGGUAGAAAUCAUUAGAAGCAAAGCGUGUUCGCGGAGAGUGAAAAUAAAUGUUGGAGGUUUAAACCAUGAGGUUUUAUGGAGAACUUUAGACCGGCUACCAAGGACGAGGUUAGGAAAACUCCGAGACUGCAAUACACAUGAAACUCUCCUGGAAGUGUGUGAUGACUAUAAUCUGAACGAGAAUGAAUAUUUUUUUGAUCGACAUCCAGGAGCUUUCACUUCAAUUUUAAAUUUCUAUAGGACAGGGAAGCUACACAUGAUGGAGGAGAUGUGUGCUCUGUCAUUUGGUCAGGAGCUUGAUUACUGGGGAAUUGAUGAGAUAUACUUGGAAUCAUGCUGUCAAGCUAGAUAUCAUCAGAAGAAAGAACAAAUGAACGAGGAACUGAGGAGAGAAGCUGAGACUUUAAGAGAGAGGGAAGGAGAAGAAUUUGACAACACGUGCUGUCCAGAGAAAAGGAAAAAGCUUUGGGACUUACUGGAAAAACCAAACUCAUCAGUGGCUGCGAAGAUUUUGGCAAUUAUAUCGAUCCUGUUUAUUGUGCUGUCUACUAUUGCGUUAUCACUUAACACAUUACCUGAUUUGCAAGAACCUGAUGAAUUUGGACAGCCGAACGACAACCCACAGCUGGCACACGUCGAAGCUGUGUGCAUUGCCUGGUUUACAAUGGAGUAUCUUCUGCGUUUCCUUUCUUCCCCAAACAAAUGGAAGUUUUUCAAAGGGCCAUUGAAUAUAAUUGAUUUACUGGCUAUUUUACCUUACUAUGUAACUAUUUUCCUCACGGAGUCAAACAAGAGUGUGCUUCAGUUCCAAAAUGUCAGACGUGUGGUUCAGAUAUUUAGAAUUAUGAGAAUACUGCGUAUACUAAAACUUGCCAGACAUUCGACAGGGCUCCAGUCAUUAGGAUUUACACUCAGACGGAGUUAUAAUGAAUUGGGGUUACUUAUUUUGUUCUUGGCAAUGGGGAUCAUGAUUUUCUCCAGUUUGGUAUUUUUUGCUGAGAAAGAUGAAGAUGCCACAAAGUUUACCAGCAUACCGGCAUCUUUUUGGUGGGCAACCAUAACCAUGACAACAGUAGGAUAUGGAGACAUUUAUCCCAGGACUUUAUUGGGUAAGAUUGUUGGAGGACUUUGUUGCAUUGCUGGAGUGUUAGUAAUAGCGUUACCCAUACCGAUCAUAGUAAAUAAUUUCUCGGAGUUUUACAAGGAACAGAAGAGGCAGGAAAAGGCUAUAAAGAGAAGAGAGGCACUUGAACGAGCUAAAAGAAAUGGAAGUAUAGUGUCCAUGAAUCUGAAAGACGCAUUUGCACGCAGCAUGGAGCUGAUCGAUAUUGUCGUGGAUAAGUCUGCAGACGAAUCAAACACAAUACAGAAGGCCAGUGAUAAUCAUUUGUCCCCGAGUCGAUGGAAAUGGAAUAAAAGAACGUUAUCAGAAACAAGUUCAAACAAAUCAUUUGACAAUAAGUAUCAGGAAGUUAGUCAACAUGAUUCUCAAGAACAAUUGAACAACACAUCUUCUAGUCCACAGCACCUUAGUGCGCAAAAACUCGAGGCUCUUUAUAACGAAAUAACAAAAGCUCAAUCCCAUCCAACUGUUAAUACAUCAUAUCAGGAACAGUCUGCUGUUCCUCCAGCAUACGAGGAGGAAAUUGAGAUGGAGGAUGUUUCUGCAAAGAGAAAUCAGCUCUUAGUAGCACAUAGGGAUAUAAUAACUGACAUGAGAAGUGUUUCCAGUAUUGACAGCUUUGCUAGUUGUGCAACAGAUUUUACAGAAGCGGAGAGAUCUCCCCUAACACCAUUUCCUGGUAGUAACCUAGAGGCUAGAUUUCCUUCGUAUACAGUGCCUGAAGAAGGAAGUCUUAAAGUCUCACACUACCAGCCACGUUCAAAAUACACAGGUUUUGCCCCCAAAGAUGUCACUUUUGAGUAUAGGUUAUCUGAAUCGCCUGCCAGAAAUGAUAACACAAACCCUAAAAUAUUACUUCAGAAUCAAGUUGAUAGUGAAUUAGAAAACAACCAAAGUUCUCUAAAAAUCAACAACCCAUUGAAAUCUAGAUCACUUAAAGUUAACUUCAGAGAAAUAAAAGGCAGGGCUGCACAGACUCAAGCAAGCAUUACACGCUCAUUGCCGCUAAACCCAAUAGACCAUCCCUUAUACAGUCAUCUGCAGCUAGGUACGGUUUUUCUACAAGAUUUCUCUUCUCAUGAACAACCAAAGCCACAAGCAGAAUACUCAAGCGGCAUAACAAGGUCUCCGCAGAAGUCUCCUUCUCGGAACCCAAAGCUUUAUGCACUCUCUUCAAAAAAGACAAGCAGUUUUACCGAAAUUGGUACAGAAGAUGAAGAUUUCAUGCAGAUUUGUAGUUCAAAAAACAAUGCUCAGGAGGAAGUCAAAACAAACUGCACAGAGGAAAAAAAUGGUGGAAAUCACAUUGCGUCAGAAAGUACACCUUUGUCUACACAAAAAAACAUAACUCAAAACUGUACUCAGGACAUUUACCAGUCAGGGGAGGAUAUUAAGCAGGACAAUAAUCAAGACGAAAGUAAGAUGGAAAAUCACCUAUUUGUCCCAGAAAUCCACUCAAAUGCUGAUGAAUCAGGUUAUUGUCAAACACGUGAGACCAGCAUGUGACUAGCUGAAAAAGCAAUAAAGAUUUUUUUUUUCUUAAAAGCACUAUAGGUUGGUAUUGCCUGUGAACUAAGAAAAGGAAAAGCCUCAAAGACAUCCGUACACUAUUCAUUUUGCAUGGCAUGAAGGAUUGUUUAGUUGAAAUAGUUGAGGAGCUAUUUUUUUUUUUGUAACAAAAUGACUCAACAUCAGAGUGUAAUAAAAACAUGCUCGAUUGGGAGCCUGUGUACUGCGAAACCUGACAUUCUGUCAUCCCUUAAUCAACAAUUGUAGAUAUGUUUCAGAACGCUAUAAUGCAAUGUAGAGUUUGCACAUGGAAGGAUAUCUAUGUCAAUGCAUGCAUUGAGCGGGAGGAAAUGGGGUCCUGUGAGCUUUAGAAAAAGCCUAUAUAUGUACAUACGUUAGCUACAAGAAAGAGUUUAGUUAUAUAAGUAUAAAUAUAUAAAUAUGUUAAUGGUGAAAAGCAGUUAAUCAGGACAAAGGUAC